AUGGAGACGGUUGGAUUUGGUAACUUAUCGCCAGUAAACUUUGAAGUUGUGUCUGAUGGCAACAGAAUGGAACAGGAGACUGCUAAAAAAAUGAUUGUGAAAAAUGUAGAAGAUCUCUCUCACAUAGUAACCUUCACAGUCACCGUUGCUUUUGCCAUCCCAUCGCAAGCCAGUAAAGAUGGUGAUUUUCCCUCUGACAAAGAAAACACGAAUCAGAAGAAGCCUAAGAAAAUAAUAGAUCCUACAAAACCUCGAGGCUAUUACCAUUUUGAAUACUUUCUACUUCCAGAAGACACCGGACCAACAAAAGUGGAUGUUGUAAUGUUCGGUCACAUGGCCAAACUCUAUUUGGAAAGUGAAUCUAAGAUCAUCAAACCAUGGACAGAAAAUGAAAAAAUAUGGUUGCUUUGGAGCCACGAUGUAGAUCUGCCGGUCACAAAAAAUUUCAUACAAAAAUCUUUGAAGCAUAAAGUACAGGUGAAAAUAUGGGAUACUAAAGAAAAAGUGUCAUCCAAAGCCAGGUUUGAUAAACCAAGGACUUUUAAAGUGAGAAAAGGAGACUAUUCAGAAGAUGAAAUUAGAGACCUAAUUUUAAGUCAAAUAAAACAUUUUGAAGAAAAUCAACCAAGACCAAGUUUGGUUCGCCAUCAAAAUGAGAACAGGUCACGUUCUUGGCAAGAUGUUACUAGAUCAGAAAUGGACAGAUCUCAAAAAUUAUCAUCAGUCUCUGCUCAUAUACCUGCUUCAACCAAUCCCUAUCUACCAAAUCAGGUCACAGGAUACAUAGAUGACAUCUUUUUGGUGUGGCGUGGGGGCAUGGAGGAACUCCAGGCAUGGUACAAUUCAUUCAAUAAUUGUACCAGUAAUGUGAAAUUUAAAAUGACUGUGGAUGAACAUUCCAUAAGUUUUCUUGAUCUCACAGUCUUUAAAAACUCAGAUAAUCUUGGCACCACGUUAUAUCACAAGCCCACAGACCGUAAUUCCAUACUUAGGGCGGACAGCUGCCACCCCCCAGCCCUAUUGAAGGGCAUUGUAAAGUCACAAUUUAUCAGAACUAUGCAAAACAAUUCUGAUUCGGUGACUGGGGUCUCCCAACUGGCAGGUGUGGGUGAGAGAUUCCGUUCAAGAGGUUACAAGACAUCUGUGAUCCAAGAGACGAUGGAGUCUGUGUCUAAAUUAACACAGUCUGAAUUGAUUCAACCAAAGCCUAAACGAGACACCACAGAUAAACUUAUCAUGUCCACUACUUUCACCCCGGCAACUAAGAACACUGGUCAAAUUCUACGCCAACACUGGCCCAUCAUGUCAUCUGACCCUAAGUUGACAUUCACCAAGAAUUUAAAACCUAUGAAAGUCACGUUAGUUUACCAUAUGGAGUUAUUUUGUGAAAUACAAGGGAUAUCUGUAUCACAGCCCUUGAAUGCUGAACGCUUUUUUCCAAUGAUGAAUACAUUAAAUGAAAUGUCUGCAAGUCAUACAGAUUUUCUGGACGCAGAAGCUGAUUUAGAGAAAUUUAAAAUGAAAACGAGAAAAUAUUCAGUAGAACGUAAAACUGAUGCAAUGCUAAAAGGAAAUAAAAAUAAAAAGGAAAUAUUAUGUAUGAAGAUGAAGCUGAACUUUGUGCAUUUUGUUGCAGGUGAAUUGUCUGUCACCAAUCGUUUAAAGAAGACCUCUAAUAAAAUAUUAGACUGCUAUAUGACUCUGGCAAUAAAUAAACCUCUGCUGUCAGAAGAACAGAAAAGGGAACUGAAUCCAUUAGUGAUACGAAUACUAUCAGCUACAUCACUACCUGCAUCACCUACGCCAAUCAGCUUGUUACAGGAGAAAUGCUCUCCUGUUUUCUGCAAAUACAAGUUUCACAAUCAACCUGUUCACAAGACACAUGGUCAGGACCAUGGAACUCAUGUUUACUUCAAGGAUAUAAAUGUAAUUUUGGCAGGAACCAUUAGUCCUGGCCAGCUGCAUGAGUUUCUUCAUGGUCCUCCAAUAGAAAUUGAGGUUCACGAUAGAGACAGAAAAAUAGAAAAAUCGAUCAUCAAACCAUCACUUUUUGGUACUGAACCUGAAGAUGAAAAAUUCAGUAAUGUUGGACUUGUUACUUCCAAAAGAACAGUCCACAACCCAUUCACUAAAAAAGACAAGAUGUGGAAUCCCUAUGGAGUUGCAAAAGUCAGUUUGUCAGAUCUUCUUCACGAUGCUAGUUACCUGAAUAUUUCUGCACCAAUUCACAGCUGUGAAGCUCCUGAUGUAAGUGGUUAUAAUGCCGAUCAUAAAACUGGCAAAAUAGUUCGAAUACAUGGGUCAGUUGAUGGUCCAGAGGAUUCACCACUUCCAGUUGGACAUUAUUUAGAUGCACAAUCACUUCUCAAAGUCAGGGUGGACAUAGCUGUACCCUUAAGCUUGGAAUUAGAAUCCUCGGAUUGCCCAUAUGGGCGCGUAAUUUACAUUUUUGAUUAUACAAACAAAACAUUGGUUUAUAAUAUACUACAAAAAAUUACAAAAAUAAACGCUAAAGCUUUGAAUUUAGAUGUUUAUCCAGUGGACAUACUUCAGGAUGUCCUUUCAAAAAUUAGCCUGAAAGAUUUCAAGAAAGAUGACCCCCCUAUGGAUGUCAUAACAGGAGUUCAUGUAAUGGAUGGAGCUAUUCAUGUUUUUAUUUUGGAAGGAUUGAAAGACAAAGCAAUCAAGAAUUUGUGGGAAUCUCUACCAACAAAGACAACAGCUGAAAAUGGAAUGCUGAAGGUUCUAUACAACUCAGGACUGUCUUUCAGUGAACGUCUUUAUAAAGAUCUCUCGUCUAUGGUGUAUCAUAUCCGCCUGCAUAAACACUUCUCUUCUAUCAUAAAACAACCACUCCUCUACAUCAGGGAUAUGGUUCCAUCUCCAUGUUUUCAGGCACUCUCAAGGUUAGACUAUAUCUGCCAUGCAAAGAGACUGAGAGAUGUCAUUCAAGGUGACCUAUUUCCAACUGAAAAAAUGAUGAGUCUCUUAAGCCAAGAAUUUGGUGUUCCAGUAACCUUAACAAACUUGCUUAUAGAAACUAAAGAAAUACUCCGCAAACCGUUGCAUAUUGACAAACCAUCAAAGAAACGUGUGCUGCAUAGUCCGAUAGAAACCUUCAAUGAAGAAUAUAUGCAGUGGAAAGAGAGUGAGAACAAAACUAGUAAAGAUUACAUCCAGGGAAAUAUUUUGUUUCGACCAAGCAUGAAUGCAAUUAUUCCAACAAUCACUGGAGAUGAGGAAACUUUCCUGCCCCAAGACAAAAGUCUAUCCACAAAUGGCAGCCUGUGGUGUGGUCUAGGGGUCUCGGAGAAUCCAAGGAGUAUGGUCUCCUCAAAAAGUUUUACAUGGUUACAACAACAUAACCCCAGCAUAGACUGGUCCACUCCACAGCAGGAUCUGGCAGAGGAUCCAAAGAGUAGAUUCACUUAUUGGCAGGACAACCUACGCACAACUGCGGGUCCUAUGGACAAAAGUAAAUGGAUUACAUCAAAUGAAUUUCGAUAUCCUGGUUUUAAAAGCAGCAGUGAAAGUAAUGAACACCCUAAAAAACCAGAUGAAGCACGUAAAAUGGAUUUAUCUAAGCUGCCCCCAGUUCAGGAAAGCUCCAAGGCCUGGAGAGAAAAUGUUCUGCAUGCAAACACUUUGCAGCCUACACUUCGUCGGGAUCGAUGGAGCUGGACACAGAGAAAUAUUGAUUUUGACCUCUACCGCAAACCUCCCAGAACGUUUUCGGCACCUGUUACUAUUCAUCAUGCAGGUGAUACAUUACAAAAUAUACAAAAGCAAGCAGCUGAAGUCGAGAAGCAGAAGUGGCUUCAGAACAUACAAGUGGAUGAUAUAAACAUGAGAUUCUACAGACGCUUACCAGAAACAGAGCUUAUAGAUAAAGGCCCCAAGGCCAGCGAUCAGCAAAGUAAACUUAGUGGACUUUUGAAAGACCCACCAUUAAAGUUCUCAUUAAGGAGAGAAGGUUUAUCACUAAAGGUAAGGAAGCAAAAUGCUAAGGGUUCUGUUGUGUCUAAACUUCCUGUUUAA